CAAUCAGGUCGUCAUUGAAUACGCAGUGCAGUGUAUGAGUAAAACGAACUGAGUACAGUGGUGUUAUGUGGAAAAAGCUACAACAUAACAAAAUAUUUCGUGAACACAAAAAAAUAUGAAAUCAUACUACACAAUGGACAAAAUUAUAUUGACCUCUUCGUAUUUUCUAGUCUUACUAAUCACAGGAUUCUGCCAAAAUAUUGAAGUUGGUGAACCUUGCGAAACAAAAAUCUAUAACGGAACAUGUGUUUUAUUACAAAACUGCAAUUCAGCUAUGGCUUUGGUACAGAUCAAAGAUAUCAAAACCUUAAGGAUCUUAUUAUGUGGAUUCAGUGACAAACAACCCAAGGUUUGCUGUCCUGCAUCAGGAAAUACUAUAACAUUCAAUAAUAAAACCGAUGAAACUGCGACAAGUAGACCUAAUAAGCCUGAAACGAAAUUGGACGAAUUGACAACGAAGAUUCCAGAAACAUAUUCAGAUCCAUUUCCAGAUCGAAAAGUUUGUGGUCAAGUGAAAGCGACUGAUAGAAUCGUUGGUGGAACUAUCACUGAUCUUGAUGAGUUUCCUUGGUUAGCCCGCAUCAGUUACUCAAGUGUUAUAGAAAACAAAUUAAUUUUCGCUUGUUUAGCAUCGCUUAUUACGGAUCGUUAUCUUGUAACUGCUGCUCAUUGCGUCCAAAGUGGCAAACCGUUGAUUCCGGUAAGCGUACGUUUAGGUGAAUGGGACGAACAAACGGAUAAAGAUUGUAACGAUGAUUAUUGUAACGAUUCUCCACCGGUUGAUAUCAAAAUAAGUAAAAUCAUCUCUCAUCCAAACUUCAACAUAAAUAAUGUAACGCAUGAUGACAUAGCUUUGAUACAAUUAGAGAAACCAGUCAAAUUUACAAAUUUUAUUCAGCCAGUAUGUUUACCUACUACCGAAUAUAUCAUGAUGCAAGACUAUGUGCAUGAAAGCUCUUACUGGGUAGCAGGCUGGGGUCUGACAGAAUUCGGAUCCACAUCGCCUAUUAAACGUAAAGUGAAGUUGGAAGCUGUACCCUCAAAUACAUGUAAGGGAAUAUUAAAAAGCUUCCCAGAAACAUCAUUUUCAAAUUUGAUAUGUGCUGGUGGUAGACAGGGAAUAGACAGCUGUAAAGGUGAUUCAGGUGGACCACUAGUUAGAGAAGUUAUGGAAAAUUACCAAAGCAAUUGGUACCUAUUUGGAAUUACUAGUGUUGGUGCCACCAAAUGUGGUACUGAAGGUAUACCUGGAGUGUACACGAGGGUCAUCAGAUACAUGGAUUGGAUAAGAGAAAUUGUUGCUACUUGAGUACAAAAUAAAGUGUCAAGCGAGUUGACAAAGAUUUAUAACAAAGAUAUAUAGAUAAUGACAGGAGUAACAAUAUAGAAACUACUUUGACCUCAAAUUGACAUGCUAUUAUUGAGAUAGAUAUAUUUGUGGUAUUGAAUAUAUACAUAUAUAUUCAAUGAUUUUUUAAAUUUGGGUGAAGUUUUUGAAACUGGAAGUGAAAUUAAAGUGGUUUAAAGUUUUUAAGUGAAAUAGUGUUGUAUUUAAAAUAAUAAUAUAUUAAUCAAGAACUUUUGCAGUGCAUAUAGCAAAUCAUAUUCAAAAUAUGUAAACUAAAGUUUGUUAUCUUUACUCCUAUCAUUUGAAUAUAGUAUAUAUAUUACUAAUUUGAGUCCUAUUAGAUGUAGAAGUGACGUAUGAUAAAAUCGAAAUUGACACUUGAAAAUUAUUUCAUUUGAAAUAGGGUAUUCUAGUAAGUUUGAAAAAGUACUUCGAAAUGUUGAUUUUCCUAAUAAAAAACCACAAAAAAAAGAUUUCGACAAAAUAAACACCUUUCUUGCCAUAAAAUUAAAUUAAAUUUUAAACCGAAAAAUUGCUGUCAGUGAUUUUAGUGACGUCAUAUUGAUAAAAACAACAGUCGUGUAUGUAGGACCGGCACUCAUUCAACGUUAACAGUUGUAUAUAUGUGGUGUUUAUUGGGAUAAUAAUGAAUUACAAUCGUUAUCUUAGCAAUUAUUUGUACAAUUACUAGCAUGAAAACUCCAGUUAUUUAUCAAUGAUAUUGGAAUGAGGAAUGUUUGGUUGGAACACGAAAAACGAGAUCCUUAUCAACUAAACGUCUUUGUAUUUAUGUGAGGAUCCUAUCAAUAUAAGUAAAACCCCCUAAUUAAAUCUAAUAAUACUUUGCCUUUUUCGUAUAUAUAAAUUUGAUGGUAACAUAAUUUACUGUGAAAGUUGAUGGAUAUGUUUUACCUAGAUGUUUACACUGAACUGACAGUUUUUGCCUAUAUGACGUCUCACCAUGGCGGCUCGUGUUUAAGAUCACGUGAUAUACAGAUUAAAAAUGACGCAUUUUAAUUAUAAUAUACUAAAACUAAUGUGCUUUUAUGAUUCAAAAUCGGAAUAUUUAAGUAUAUUUCUAAAUGCAUUUUAAUUUUUAUCAAAUUUCAUAAUUUAUUUUCACUACCGAAAGUACCCUAUUAUAUGAACAAUGUUUGUGUAAAAUAAGACCAUAUUGCAAUUAUUUCGAUAAUAUCUGGAAGGGAACAGUGAUGUCAAUAGUUGGUGUCGAUGGUGGACAUAUAAAGUCAUUGAACAGUAUUAUAUAGGUUAAGUUAGGUUAAUGUAUAAAUUAUAACUUUAAGCCAUUUUAUGUAAGAUAUAAAUAUAAAAAUAAUUAAAAAGUUACCAUGGCAAUAAUAGUUCUUCUGUACAUUAUAUAAUACAUUGUUUUAUAAAA